GGCGGGCCCGGUUAGUCUAGUAGCCGCGCUCUGGUGAGGCGGCGGCGCCCGAGGGCCGAGGCGGAAGUGGGGCGGCCACCCCGGGAGGCGAGGGCGGCGGUCGCGGGGCGCUGAGCGAGGGACGCGGGGCUCCGAGAAGGGCGCGUGCGCGGGGACAGGCCCCGGGGGAGGCGGCAGGGCAAGGCCGGGAGCCGGGGCCGGUGGUCUGGGGACCCAACCUGGAAGAUGCACAAGAGGAAGGGACCCCCGGCCCCCCCGGGCCGAGGCGCCGCCGCCGCCCGCCAGGUGACAACGUGGAGACGAAGACGCUGAGGCCCACAGUGAAGACACCUGCCCAAGCUGGGCCUGCUGGUCGACUUCUCCCCGGAUGGCCUGAUGAUUCCAGAAGAUGGAGUUAAUGAUAAGGAACUGGAGGCCGAGUUCUUGGCCUUGGUGGGGGGCCAGCCCCCGGCCCUGGAGAAGCUCAAGGGCAAAGGGCCGCUACCCAUGGAAACCAUCGAGAAAAUGGCUGGCCUGUGCAUGCGUGACCUGGACGAGGAGGAGGAAGGGAUGGACGAGGAUGACGUGGAGGCUGACGACGAGCUGCUGGCGGAGCUCAACGAGGUCCUUGGAGAAGAUCAGAAGGCUCUGGAACCCCAGCCCUCUUCAGCCCAGCCGAAGCCCUCGGCUCCCCACCCAGGGGUGGAAGCCACCCUGCAGGAAAGGCUGGCCCUCUACCAGACCGCGACGGAAAGUGCUAAGCAAGCGGGGGACAGCGCGAAGAUGCGGCGCUACGACCGGGGCCUCAAGACCCUUGAAAACCUGCUGGCCUCCGUCCAGAGGGGCAGCACCAUCGACGAAGCGGACAUCCCGCCGCCCGUGGCCGUGGGGAAGGGUCCGACAGCCGUGCCGGGCUGCACCCCCGCACCCACCCAGCCAGCCCCCACCAAACCACCGAGCCCGGAGCUCAGGGUGACCGCGGAGAGAACCCCUCCCACAGCCCCGGCUUCAUUCCCAGGAGGCUUGGCUAAACCCCAGCUGCCCCCAGGCCCCGGCAGCCCCAGCCUCCUGGCCCAGUUGCAGAGCCGGCAGCGUGAGUACAAGCUGGCCGCCCUCCACUCCAAGCAGCAGGGAGACACUGCCACUGCCACCAGGCACUUCUGCGUGGCCAAGAGCUUAGAUGCCGUCCUAGAGGCCUUGAGCCGGGGGGAGCCCGUGGACCUGUCUCGCCUGCCCCCCCCACCUGACCAGCUACCUGCAGACCCAGCCUCACCACCAUCACCCCAGCCUCCCACCCCCACCACGGCACCCUCCACACCAGAGGUGCCCCCACCCCCACGGACCCUCCUGGAGGCUCUGGAGCAGCGGAUGGAGCGGUACCGCGUGGCCGCCGCGCAGGCCAAGAGCAAAGGGGACCAGCGGAAGGCUCGCAUGCACGAGCGCAUCGUCAAGCAAUACCAAGACGCCAUCCGAGCCCACAGGGCUGGCCGAGCCGUGGACGCGGCCGAGCUGCCCGUGCCCCCAGGCUUUCCCCCCAUCCAGGGCCUGGAGGCCUCCGAGCCCACCCAGCAGGGCCUGGCGGGCGUCCUGGAGACUGCUGUGAAGCUCGCCGCCCAGACCGAAGGCCCAGAGGACGAAGAAGACGAGGAGCCAAAGAAGCAGUCCCACAGCCCUGCGGCCCCCACCAGCCAGUCCAAGGCCCCCGCCUUGAGGGCACCCCCGUCCGGAUCGGCCCCAGCAGCCAAAGCAGCCCCCAAAGGCACAUCUGCCAGAGCCCAGCAGCAGCUGGCCUUCCUGGAGGGCCGCAAGAAGCAGCUCCUGCAGGCCGCGCUGCGAGCCAAGCAGAAGAAUGACGUGGAGGGCGCCAAGAUGCACUUGCGCCAAGCCAAGGGGCUGGAGCCCAUGCUGGAGGCCUCCCGCAAUGGGCUGCCCGUCGACAUCACCAAGGUGCCGCCCGCCCCUGUCAACAAGGACGACUUCGCCCUGGUCCAGCGGCCCGGCCCGGGUCUGUCCCAGGAGGCUGUCCGGCGCUACGGUGAGCUCACCAAGCUGAUACGACAGCAGCAUGAGAUGUGUCUGAAUCACUCUAACCAGUUCACCCACCUGGGCAACAUUGCCGAAACCAGCAAGUUCGAGAAGCUGGCCGAGGACUGUAAGCGGAGCAUGGAGACUCUGAAGCAGGCCUUCGCCCGGGGUCUCCCCACGCCCCAAGCCCGCUUUGAGCAGAGGACGUUCAGUGUCAUCAAGAUCUUCCCCGAGCUCAGCAGCAACGACCUGCUCCUGUUCAUCGUGAAGGGCUUCAACUUGCCCACACCCCCAGGGCUGUCCCCCGGCGACCUGGAUGUGUUCGUGCGGUUCGACUUCCCCUACCCCAAUGUGGAAGAGGCCCAGAAAGACAAGACCGGCUUGGUCAAGAACACAGACUCCCCCGAGUUCAAGGAGCAGUUCAAGCUCUGCAUCAACCGCGGCCACCGCGGCUUCCGCCGAGCCAUCCAGACCAAAGGCAUCAAGUUCGAAGUCGUCCACAAGGGGGGGCUGUUCAAGACCGACCGGGUGCUGGGCACGGCACAGCUGAAGCUGGACACGCUGGAGACGGCGUGUGAGGUGCGGGAGAUUCUCGAGGUCCUGGACGGUCGCCGGCCCACAGGGGGACGGCUGGAGGUGAUGGUCCGGAUCCGGGAGCCACUGACCGCCCAACAGUUGGAGACGACGACCGAGAGGUGGCUGGUCAUCGACCCCGUGCCAGCAGCUGUGCCCCCUCAGAUGGCUGGGCCCAGAGGAAAGGCCCCUCCCGGGCCUGCCCCUGUGAGGGAACCGGGGAACAGACCCGCCCGGCCCCUGCAUAGCCUCAGCGUGCUGGCCUUCGACCAGGAGCGACUGGAGCGGAAGAUCCUGGCCCUCAGGCAGGCCCAGCGGCCGGUGCCCCCGGAGGUGGCCCAGCAGUACCAGGAUGUGGUGCAGCGCAGCCAGUGGCAGCGGGCACAGCUGGAGCAGGGGGGCGCCGGCGUGCGGCGGGAGUACGCGAUGCAGCUGGAGCGGCAGCUGCAGUUCUACACGGAGGCCGCGCGGCGCCUGGGCAACGACGGCAGCAGGGAGGCCGCCAAGGAGGCGCUGUACAGGCGGAACCUGGUGGAGAGCGAGCUGCAGAGGCUCCGCAGGUGAGGGGCCACAGGUGAGGGGCAGGCCCCCAGGCCCCGGGCCGGGGAGGAGCUGACGCCACCCGCGACCACAGACAAAUGAGGACAAUCAUCGGACAGUGCCGUCUCCCAGGGUGGCGGGGAUGGAUCCCGGCUAGACAGUGGCACCCUCAGGGGCCAGGCCUGGCCGGUGGGCCCCGUUUGCACAAGCCCCUGGGGUGCCCGGCCCGUGGCCCGCCCCGGAAAUGGGAGCGCUGCUGGGCCAACCCCAGGGGCCCCUGCAAGCACUUUACUUCCUGUCCCCUGCCCUGCCUUAACCCCGAAUCCGGCCCGCACCCCAAAGAAACCGCCGAGGUCGCGCGCCCCAGCUGGCCCCCAGACCUGCGGAAUAAACAGCCGGGGCCACCCCCUGGUGCAGCUCA